AUGGAGGACAUCAUCAACACUGCGCAGGCGGCCAACCCGACCAUCGACCUUGCCACACUCGGGACCUUGGACCGACAACCCCACUUCGGUAUUUCCUGUGCCGGAGCGGGUACUGAGACGUCUCCGAAAGCAGCCAACGUCUGGAUAAAGUGGCCCACCCUGCUGGAUACUCGCUCUCGUGCGUGCGGUUCAACAUUGCUGCUCCUACGAACCGCUAUUAUUUCAUGGUUCUUGGUGGUGACGCUGUGGCACGCCCCAUUGCGGAAGCUUUAUGCGGCGCUUAAAAUCGGAAACACGUACCGCACCUUCACGGCCUUCGACGCCCACGGCUCCGCAGUCGCCAUGUACAUCGGCGCCGACAAAUCGCCGAAGAUGGUCCGCCAGGAGGUCCAGCUCAAACGCAUGCUCCGUAUCAUCAACGAGCGCGUCCCAAAGAACUAG